AUGAACGAAUACAGCCAGUACUCGCAGGCAGCCCGCCCGACGGGCACCCAGAGCUCGUCGCAAGAGCUUCAGGCCCUCGAUGGGUGGCUCACCGACCGCAUUGUCACUGUCACGGUCGGGCCUGAAGAAAAGCGCUGGAUCGUCCAUGAGAAGCUGCUCACGAACCAGUCCGAGUUCUUCAGAAACUACUUCGAGAAGGGCGACGACGAGAUAAAGCUACCCGAGGAUGAGCCCAAGCUGUUUGCCCUCUUCAUCCGCUGGCUUUACGGCACCGCCUUCUUGCCGUCGGGCGGCGCUCGCAACUUUCGCUUCCUGCCGCCGGAUGGCGAGCAGGUCACUGUUCGUGACUACCUCGGCGUCUACGUCAUGGGCGGCAAGUUCGGCAUCGUCGGCGUGCGCAACGCCGUCAUCGACAUGCUCUACAACUACUACGGCGAGGCCUCCGACAACCACAUGUCCCCCAACCUGCACGACGUCAAGUACAUCUUCAACAACACCAAGCCCGAGGCGCCGAUGCGCCGCUUCCUGAUUGCCCACGCGCUGUUCUUCCUCUUCAGCAAGAAUCGGCGCAAUGCUCCCCUGCCGGAGGACUGGGUCGAGGUGCUCAAUGCCCACUGCGACGUCGGCUUUGAGAUGAUCAAGAUGCUGGGCGAGUGGAACUGGGCCAUGGGUCAGAACGCGCCGCGCAUGACCAUCAAGCCGCGCGCCGAGUUCCACGAGAGGCUUCCCCGCCCUCAGGUCAUCAAGCGUGAGGAUCCCGAGGGCAGCAUCCGGCUUUGA